GAUCAGACCUGCCACUGGGGAGAUGUAAAGCACUCUGGAAACAUCAAGACUCUACCCUGUUCCCUUCCCGGCCCCGAGGUUCAACACCCCGAUUAAUUAUUUGAUUAACCCUUUGAACCUGAUCGCCUCUGAAGAAUUAAGUAUUAAUAAUAGUAAACUGCCCUCGGCACCAAGCUGCCUGCCAACAACAAAACACCAUGGCGUCCGAACAGCCCUCGAACCCGAUCAAGAAGAUUCGACUGGUGCGCAUCGCCCAUGUCUGGUACGAGCACGCGGACAUCGAGAAGGUUAAACAGUUCGCCCUGGACUUUGGCUUUGUAGAGACGGCCCAAAUCGGCAAGACGACAUUCUUCCGCGGCUAUGGCACCGAGCCAUUCGCCCUCGCCCUCGUGGCAUCGGACAAGAACGAGUUUGGUGGUGCCGCAUUCGUCGUCGAGUCCGAGGAGGACCUGGUGCAUGCGUCCAAGACGCUACCCAAGGAAUGCAGGGCGACCGAGGUGCACGAGAUGAAGGACGUGCCCGGCGGCGGAAAGCGGGUCACCUUCUACGAUCCCGUCGACGGGUUCCCGUUCCAUCUCGUCUACGGCCAGACGCCAGUGGCACUGGAGGACCCAGGGUUCCCAGCGCUCAAGUUCAACUAUCCCAUUGAGAAGAAUCGCGGCCCCAACCAGUUCCAGCGCUUCAAGAAACGUCCGGCGCCGGUACACAAGCUGGGCCACUUUGGCAUGUGCGUGACCGACUUUGCCAAGUGCUACGAGUUCUAUAACACCUACUUCAACUUCCACCCGAGUGAGCUCGUCUACAAUGAACAAGGCGUGAACAAGACGGUCUUCUUCCGACUCGACCGCGGCGACGAGCUCGUCGACCACCACUGCUUUUUCUUCUUCGAGGGCCCCAAGAUGCACGUCCACCACUCGUCGUUCGAGACGCACGAUUUUGACGCCCAGGUUUUGGGCCACGACUGGCUGCGUUCCCAGGGCUACAAGAACUGCUGGGGUGUUGGGCGCCACGUCAUGGGCAGCCAGAUCUUUGACUACUGGUUCGACCCAGCGGGGUUCAUCAUGGAGCACUACGUUGAUGGCGACCUGCUGGACAUGAGGGAGCCGACUCACUACACCAAGGCCGCACCCGACAAUCUGCACGUCUGGGGUAAUUAAGUCAUGCGAUGUCCC